CUGACUUUGCUCCCCAAAAUCUCUAGAAGCAUCAUCUCUGCUCCACCAUCACUAAUCGAAUCAUCCUCCACUCAACCAUCACUAAUUGAAUCAUCCUCCGAUCCAAAACCCUAAUCGAUCCAAAACCCUAAUUGCUCCCAAAAGUGGCGACCGUUGGACUUUAGCAAUGAGCUAAUGAUUUCUUAGGGUUCAGUUUGUUGUGAACUAUGACCAACAUCUUGUUAUUCUUAAUCGAAGAAGUGGACUUUCAUUGGAGGACAAACUCCCUGGUGAAUCAGUUACAUUAGGCGAAGCAUUAAUGGCGCCAACUGUAAUUUAUGUUAAACAGGGUGCUUAGCAUUAUCAGCAAGGGAGGCCUCAAAGGAAUCACCCACAUAACAGGUGCUGGUUUAACAAAUAAUGUCCCUCAUGUUUUCCCUCAAGGCCUCAGGGCCCACAUGUACAACAACUCUUGGUCCGUUCUUCCUGUUUUCAAGUGGAUCCAAAAGGAUGGAAACAUUGAAGAUGCUGAAAUGAAGCGUACAUUUAAUAUGGGAAUCGGGAUGGUUUUGGUUGCUGGCGAAAAGGCUGCCCAAAGGAAAGAGGUCAAGGAUGUAAAUCACUUUAUGAGCCUUCCAAUCUGUUUAAUGGGUCAUUUUUAGGUCCCUUAUUUCAUCUUGCCCGAUUACCUCAUUAGAGAAAAAAUAAAAAAUAAAAAGAAAACAGAUACGGCCCAAUCUGACCCAUUAAUAAGGAAUGGUUAACAUGUAGCGGUAUACACAUGAAGUGGUGAUUCCGGUCAAGUUCAUAGCAAAGAGGACUUAAAGACGGAUACACAUGAAGUGGGGCACAGAGGUGGCACUAGGGCUGGUCUUUUCCGAACCCCGAUAUCAAGGGGAGUGCAGAGUGCAACCUCUUUUAACGACUGACCUAAACCCGCUGUGGCAGUCCGUAAUUUGAUGGAACAGGUCAUACACAUAUGGCCCGAUGUGUUUAUUUGUUAUCUUGACUUGUUAAUCAUUAUUUAUAUGUUUUAACUUUAAUUUCUGAUAUUCCUGUUACAUUUAACAUAACGAAUCAUGCUUUUUAGCUUCUAGCACUUGAAUUGUAGCUCACAAUUUGAUAUUGUUUUCUUUGCAAUCAACUUGACCCGU